AUGCCGCGAUUACUAGAAAGCGAAAUUACAAAGUAUUUAGAAACUCUUGAAGAUUCAGAAGAUGGCUUAGACGGGUCAGACUCCGAAGUAGAGGAUAAAGGUCACUAUUAUCAAACAGCUCGAGAUGUUCUUCGAGACCUUGAAAAUAGUGAUGAAGGUGAGAAUGCCCAGUCUGAUGAAGUGGAUGCUGAUCCUCCUCUCGUAAUCGACAACAAUGAAAAUAUGCCAGACCCUUCUAUUUUGGAAGCAGAAGAAGCAGCACCCCAGAGUAGAUCA